AUGGCUAAUGAUAGAUGGAUGGAAACUAUGCCCCUUACCUCCAUCACUCAUCUCCCCUCUGUGGUCUCUGAUCACUGCCCUCUACUCUUGGAAAUGGUUGAUCAACAUCACAACCCCAUUAAGUAUUUCAAGUUUCUUAAUUGUUGGCCUGAACAUCCUUCUUUUAUAAAGCUUGUUAAAAACUGUUGGAGCAGACACAUAGAGGGUAAUCCUAUGUGGAUCUUCCACAAAAAGAUGAAGAGACUUGCCACCACUCUUAGUGAUUGGUCCAGGAAUCAGUUUGGUGAUAUUUAUGCUAAAGUCAAAGAGUAUGAGGAAGUAGUUAGACAAGCUGAAGAAAACCUGAUCAACAUGAAUUCCAAUGAUAACAGGUCCAAGCUUCAUGCUAUCAAUGCUGAAUAUAUUAGAUACAUGAAAAUGGAGGAUGCCAUUCUCAGGCAGAAAUCUCAGCUGCACUGGUUCAAAGAGGGUGAUAUGAAUUCUAGCUACUUUCAUGCUUUGAGUAGAGGCAGGAGAAGGAAGCUGUAUAUUCAUAGGAUCCAAAAUGAUAAAGGCUCUUGGGUGCAAGGUGAUUCUGAGAUAGCUGAUGCAGCUUGUAACCAUUUUCAACAAAUCUUUACUGGAGAAGAGAAGUGUAUUCAACAAUAG